AUGCGUCCUCGUAUUUUGUCAGACGAUAUUUUGAUUCCAUAAAUAUUGCUUCUUAAGAAAGAUUGCAAUUAGUCUGGAAUUAUUGCAGUAAUAAGUCGAUUUCUUUAUUAUUAAAAUUAUGGCGUAAUAAAUGAAUAUUUCUUAAAACAAGCAUAUUUUUAUUGUGUGGUGCUGCUGCAAUGACACCACAAAACACAUAUUAAAUGUUUGUACACUAUGUCCAGUAUUUCUGUCCAUCUGGGAAUAUGAAAAAUUUUUUAUCGGGUAGGGCGGAGUUACACGCGUCACAGCACUUACGAUGCUUUAUGAUUUAUGCAAGCACAGUGCGUUUAAUUUAUUACGCUUGGCACCAACAACGUUAUAGCCACCUUGUAUAUCGCAGUCUCUCGUGGCGAUCGAUCGUGCGAGUACGACGUGGCGCACUUCUAGAAAAAUACUCCGUCUUCCUGAAGCACCCGAUAUACAUAACGUGUUGCCUCAAAGAUCAACUUGCGAGACACGGUCUUUCGUCUUCGGACGUCGAUUACCGACUUAUCCGAUGUAUCGCGAAUUUCGUCCCAAUCAUCCCCGUAAUUGUCGUCUCGCGAGAAACUGUCGCGACAAAAAUUUCUCCGGCAAAUUCAUCGAUCGAGAUCGAAAAUUCCGCACUCUCCCGGAAUCUCUUCGCGCGAAUCAGCCUUUCGCAAACGUCGAGAUGAAAGGGUUCGGAAAUUCGUGAAUUUCGUCUCUCGGCUCGAUAAUUCGAACUUACGACAUCUCGGCCGGUGCCUUCUUCUUCCUUUCUCCCCUGAACAGUUCGAUCUCGUGAGUCGAGCAAAUAUGAAGUAUGGGUCAUGAGGGUGUCUAUCGAGCGAGGAAGAAAGAAAGAAAGGAGAGAGAGGGAGGAAUAACACGACACUUCGUUUCGCUCGCUGAGGAUUUCGUCGUCUUUUCCGUCACCCACCCCAUCGGUUACCUCCGUUCACCCACCAACCUUUCCACCCCUUCGCGCGCGCAAGCCCCGUGCAUCCGCUGACAGCUGCAGCUGCGCGAGCUCCUUGCAAGAGGCAGGUGCACACCCUUCUGCGACUGCAGUUGGCAGUAUACGCCGCCACGGCGUGAGCCCGAAGUUGUUGUUCGUCAAAAUCGAGGGGGAUCCUUCUGAAAACUCUGCAGCCCCCCGGCAGCCGCUGUGCUUUCCGUGUUGCGCCGCGUCCGUUGUUUACAGCGGCAUCGUCGUCUUCCGCUCGUCGUUUCCCGAACGAACAUGAGAUCGAUAUUAUCUUGACGAAAUUAUGAAUUUCAUGCCCUGCUAUGGGGAUGAUGCUUAACCGUGGCGAUUGAGGAGAGCCGAAGGCGAGAGACCGCGCUUGAACAAAUUAUGAUACACGUGUCGUCCGAGAGCGCGCACAGGUAUGACCGGGUGAAGCGUAAAGGCGCGGCUUUCUUUACGAACCUGUUCAAGUCAAGAAAGCUGGCGUUAGGGAUGAAGAUUAACGAGGACGAAGAGAUGGAGCGCGCGCCCAGGGUGGAAACUCCCGCGGUCAUCACUACUGCUUGUCGCCGGAACGGCUUCGAGAAUGAUAACACUAUGUCGCGAAUUCCGUCGACAUUGAGCGUGACGGCGGUGGACGUUGUCGUUGCCUGUCAGCCGUCACCCUCGCACUCCAUUUUGACCCUGACGCCCGGCAGAACGCGUAACAUCGAUCAGGACAUGGAAGCACUUCGGCUCAGUCGUCAGGAUAAUCCCUUCCUGCAGGUGCUAGCGAGUCGCGAGAGCCUCGUGGAAUCGAUCGAGGAGUCCGAGUCUGACGAUGCGAUUCUGAUGUCGCAGGAAUUGGGCGACGCGGAUCCUCUGACGCUCGCGCAGGUACACGAGCACCUGGUGCGCAGUCCACCGCCGGCAUCUUGGCCCAAUUCCACGGCCUUCCACUUUCCCCAUCAGGAUUCGGGUACCACCCCGGGCAAGAAUGACAACAAUGCGGCGGCGGCACCACCAUUCAAGAGCCCUUCGAAGACGCCAUCGCAUCACGGCAACGAGCACGAACUCUCUAGGAGCGAACCGUCGACGGACAUCAGAGGUGAGCGCUGCCCUCUCAGCCCAUUUGUCGACUCGUUUUAUUAACUGCGAACGAAUUCCGGAAAACAUUCAACAGAGAGCUUGACGUUUCUGCUUUCCUUCUUUCGUCUUUCUACACAACACAGUAGU